AUGUCUGUAGCUUGUGGACUCGAAUGCGUCUUCUGCUUCGGUUUCAGUCGGUGGGCAUGGAAACGCUGCACACACGUGGGCUCCGACGACAGUGCCACGUGGACAUCAGCCACACCCGAAGAAUUCGAACCGAUCCCGCGAAUCUGCCGCGUGAUCCUCGCCGUCUACGAACCGAAUCUCCACACUCCAAAAAUCUCACCUUCGAUCGGAAAAUUCGAUCUAAACCCGGACUGUGUGAUCAAAAGAGUGACACACGAGAAAACCCAAGGCAGAUCUCCGCCGUACAUCAUCUACGUCGAUCACGACCACCGCGAGAUCGUGCUCGCGAUCCGUGGCUUGAACUUGGCGAAAGAGAGCGAUUACAAGAUACUUCUGGAUAAUAAACUCGGGCAGAAGAUGCUCGGAGGUGGGUUUGUUCAUCGCGGGCUGUUGAAAUCGGCGGCGUGGGUUUUGAAUCAGGAGUCGGAGACGCUUCGUAGUGUUUGGGAAGAGAAUGGGAGAGAGUAUGAUAUGGUUUUCGCCGGUCAUUCGCUGGGAUCUGGUGUUGCGGCGUUGAUGGCGGUUCUGGUGGUUAAUACGCCGGCGAUGAUCGGUAAUGUUCCUAGGAGUAAGAUUCGGUGUUUUGCGGUGGCUCCGGCGAGAUGUAUGUCGCUUAAUCUCGCUGUUAAGUACGCUGACCUCAUCUUCUCCGUUAUUUUGCAGGAUGAUUUUUUACCAAGAACGGCGACACCAUUAGAGGAUAUUUUCAAGUCUGUGUUCUGCUUGCCUUGCUUGUUGUUUCUAGUUUGUUUGAGAGAUACAUUUAUACCAGAAGGUCGAAAACUGAGGGAUCCAAGAAGACUUUAUGCUCCCGGUCGAAUUUAUCAUAUCGUUGAGCGAAAAUUUUGCAGAUGUGGAAGGUUUCCUCCUGAAGUGAGAACCGCGAUUCCCGUUGAUGGCAGAUUCGAACAUAUCGUAUUGUCAUCGAAUGCGACUUCCGAUCAUGCGAUUCUCUGGAUCGAAAGAGAAUCUGAAAAGGCAUUGCAGGAAUUGAGAGAUAAGAGUAAAGAGGAAGUGGUAACAAUGGCACCAAAGGAGAAGAGAAUGGAGAGGUUAAACACUUUAGAGAAAGAGCACAAAGAUGCGUUGGAGAGAGCUGUGAGUCUCAAUAUCCCGCAUGCAAUGUCCGCUGCGGAAGAAGAAGCAGAAGAAGAAUGCAUUGAGGCUGGAGCAUCGGUGGUGUCGAAGACUAAGAAGAAGAAUUGGGACGAAGUGGUUGAUAAGCUUUUCCAUAGAAGCAAUUCUGGAGAAUUUGUUCUCAACGAGAAUGUUGCUACUGAAAGGUAG